UGCAAUUCCAAUAUUUGACGACUCAGAAUUCUGAAUUGAAGAACACACGGAAAAUCAUGGGACAUCUCGGCAAAAAGACGUCCCCAAUACGAAGGGAUCAAGUCAUGGAAGAGUAAUGGCUGAGAAGUUUGAUCCCAUGAUUUCCUCUGUCUCAAAUCGUCCGGUGACAAAUCUUACAACCGUCCCAUGGGAGCAACAUCCAACAGUUCCUUCCGAUGUGGGCGUGGUCACAAGCUCCCAGUCGCAGCUCAAAGACCUUCUUGGCUUGUUCUGCAUGGUGACGCUGAACCUUAUCGCUUUGCUGGCCAACGUCGGAGUGAUGGUGGCCAUUGCUCGGGCCCCACACCUCAAGAGAUUCGCUUUCGUGUGCCACCUUUGCGCCGUGGACCUGCUGUGUGCCGUUCUCCUCAUGCCCCUGGGGAUCAUAUCCAGCUCGCCCUUUUUCGGUACCGUGGUGUUCACCGUUCUCGAGUGUCAGGUUUACCUCUUCCUCAAUGUGUUUCUUAUCUGUUUAUCGAUUCUCACUGUCACGGCCAUCAGCGUGGAGCGAUACUUCUACAUUGUGCACCCAAUGCGGUAUGAAGUCAAGAUGACCAUCAAUUUAGCGAUGGGUGUCAUGCUUCUUAUCUGGGUCAAAUCGCUUCUCUUGGCUUUGUUCACGCUGUUUGGAUGGCCGGCGUACGGCAACCAAAGUUCAAUUGCUGCAGCUCAUUGCUCUCUCCAUGCGAGCCAUAGCCGCCUCAGGGGAAUAUUUGCCGUGCUCUACAGUGUUCUCUGUUUCCUGGUUCCUUCAGUGAUCAUCUUUACCGUUUACUGCGCCGUGUACAAGGUCGCUCGUUCGGCUGCCCUGCAACAAGUCCCCGCCCUCUCAACGUGGGCCGCCGCAAACCCGGAUAAGAGUCGGACUGACUCGAUCAGCAGCCGGACCACCAUAAUCAACACCAACCGUUCUCUACCGCGGAGACUUUCCCCGGAGAGGGCGUUCAGCGGGGGCAAAGCGGCCCUCACCUUAGUAUUCAUUGUGGGUCAGUUCUUGAUUUGCUGGCUGCCCUAUUUCAUCUUCCACUUGCAAAUGUCUCUGACCGGCUCCAUGCGCAGCCCGGGAGACUUAGAGGAGGCGGUCAACUGGCUCGCCUUCUCCUCAUUUGCGGUGAACCCGUUCUUCUACGGUUUGCUCAACAGGCAGAUCAGGGAGGAGCUGGUUAAGUUUCGUCGCUGCUGCCUAACCCAGCCUGUGGAUUUUGGUGUUUCCAGCCACGAGGGCUCCUUGCAGGAGAACUUCCUCCAGUUCAUCCAGAGAACCGGCAGCACAGCCGAAACCCGCUCCAGCUGUCCCAAUGCCAGUCCCAGAAACACUAUGGACCACAGGGUUAAGAUCCCUGGACAAGUACCUGAAGAUCACGCUAAGACCACAUUCGAUUGACAUUCUAAUUUAUGGAUGGAACAUUUUCUCUUAUUCUUAAGUCUACCUUUUGUUGUUUAAUUGCAGUACUACAUCCCGGGUGAUCUUUCACUUUUAGUCAAGGUGCUUUGGCUGUAACAAACUAUUUCAUGGUUGUGAUAAACUUUGUUCCUUCCCCCCCAACUCCUUUGAAAGAAUGGUGGGGCAUCUAGCGCUUGUGUCGCGUUUCCAACGGACAUUAUCAGCACGGCUCUACCCUGCUCACCACAUUGCCCCAAACCGGAAAAGAUACCGGAACCCAAGACUAAGUACUCCAAAAAUACGAUAACAUUUAUGAGAUUAUUCAUACGGAUUUCGACCCAAAUAGACGUG